GAAAGAAAAUAAUUAACUCAAAUUCAUUAUGCGCUCUUAAAUAAUCCAUAAAUUGUUUCCUAAAGAGGGGAAAUAACUCUGUACAAUUUGAAAUAUUCUCAUAUUCCGGUAUGGGACAAUAAGGCUAAAUAAUAGCCUUUUUUUAUUUUCCAUCAACUUCUAAAUAUGCAAGAAAAUUUUAAUUGUUUCCCCAUUUGAUAUAGGCCAUUACUUUUGAUUUAAAAACCACAUUUGAAGUAAUGUGUUCAUAGAAGCCAUUAGUCCCUAAUAUCAAAUAGUAUAACAAGAGUAUUUUACUGUAUUUCCUCAUUAACAUGUCGCUCUCUCGCCAUUUAACAAACCAAGAGCCUUGCAAGAUGAUAGUGGCAUGGUACCAUGGUUUCUUGAGAGUUAGAAGGCUCUUAAAAUCCUGCUUCCCAAUCGAGCUAACGUCCUUCUGCCGCUCAGCGUCUGAUUUUAAGAUGCCUGUCUGACACGUAUAAUGUAUGCUCACAUGUUGGGUCGUUGAUGGUGGCAAACAGAGGAAGGGUGUGCUGGCAUUACGGGAGCAAACAAAGCUACCAUGCAGGAGCCCGCCAAAUUGAAGAAUACCUGUAAAUAAUCAAAAGCGAAAGACCAAGAAGUGGUCUGAAUAUCAUUAAACUAGCAGUAGGACAUAUUACCAGCUGAGAUAGAAUCGGGGUGUUGUUAAUGAUUUCAUUUUAGCUGUGAUGAUGUGAGGACGAUGAUGAUUAUAGAGAAAAUAGUGGUGAAUGAUGAUAAUUAUGGAGAAAUAUUUAGUAUUAAGAAAUAUUUAGAAAAGAAGUUGGAGAAACUCUAGUAGAAUCCAAAAUAGCAGCAUUAGCAGAAGUAGAAAAGAUCAUUUGAGCAGUAUUGAUGAUGAUGAUGAUGCAGAUAGCGACGGAGACGAUAUUGAAAAUGAUCAUGAAGAUACAGAAUACUAUACGCAGAGUAUCGGGAACAUUUUCGAUAAUGCUUUUGAAAAUGGCUUGUCCAUGGAUUUGUUUACAAGUAAAACAUUAUUUAAUUUGAAUUGAAGUACAUUAUAACGUGCUCUUUGCCAAAAGCCUUUUGUCACAUUGAAUAUCUAAUUCAGAAUAGAAAUUCAUGUUCUGAUGUCCAUAAUUUGAUAUAUCACCAUGGAUAUGUAGGUGAAUCGUCACACUCUCCCCAAUCAGUGCUCUAUGAUGAAGAAUGGUGUAUUGAAUCUGUGCAGAUAAUGCAGUUUAAAAGAGUAUGAGAUUGGGUCAUGUACAACGAUUUAGUAAUGAUACACUUGUUCUAAUGGAGGAAGUAAAAUUCUCACAUCAGCUCCCUUUUCCUAUAUUUAUCAGCUGACUGUUUAAGGAAGGAAGAAACAUAUUUUCAAUAUACACAUAGCAUGCAAAGUGCAACCUGGUCGCCAUUUAUCAUCUCUUGUUUAUUUCUGUUUCAUUCUCCUUUUUCUUUCGUCACUGUUUUCCGUGGUCAAUCAGUUAUAGGCCCGCAUUGAGGUAUAUCAGAGUUUUCCGCAUGUUGCGUUAUUGCUGCCUUCAACAUCAUUUUUUCAUCCAGGAACUUAGGAAUUUUCAUGUCAAUCCAGUAUUCAGAUUGUAUUAUCAUUUCUUUGCAGGUUAGUUGACAAUGGAUUUACGAGUUAGCAGAUUUCUAUUUCAGCAAGUUCAAGCCUAUUCACAGUUAUUAACAAUGAGAAAAUUGGAGCCUCCUCACUGGCAAUAAUGUGAUAAUGCCUUCCUUUGUCGAUCACGUAUAUCCAUGUUUACCCAUUCCGUCUUCAUGUUUUCUGAUUUUUCCCGCUCGCUCACAGGGUCGCUGUACAAGGGAGAACUGCAAGUACUUGCACCCGCCCCCACACCUCAAAACUCAGCUGGAGAUCAACGGGCGUAACACGCUCGCCACCCAGAAGAUGCUGCAGAACCUCCAGAACCAGCAGCUUCAGCAAGUAGUCGGCAUGACCAACCUCCAGCUCCAACCCUCGCCCAACUCCACCACCCUUCUGGGUAGCCAAGGACUUCAGGCAGGCCCUGGGAGUAACCAUCAGCUUGUGAUCCCAACGUCCUCUCCAUACCCGGGAAAGGAUUCUACCGCUGCCUCAGUAUCUGCAUCAUCUUCCCUUUACCACCAGCAUGCGCCCCCUCAAAUACAGUACAACGGCCUGCAAAUUGUGCCCCAAUCGCCCUACAGUAUACCUGCCAGCGGGCAGGGUCAAGCCCAAGUGCAUUCGAGCCAGGCUGCUACAGACAUCAACGCAAUGUACAGUCCUUUUUACUUGCCUGUUGCAGUGUCCAUGGGACCAACGAUGUCAGUGGGGACCCAUUCCUCCACCAACCCCUAUGGGUCGUACUUCAUGCCCUUCCCCAGCCCCAAUAUAGGACAACUCACACCCAGCCAGGCAUCUUCUAUGGGGCUAGUACCAGAGAUGGCGGGGCUACCGGCCCAGAUGAUACCCAGUCACACAAGCCAAGGUUUGCCCAUCAUACCGUCGAUGAAGAAGAAUGACAAGCUGGAGGUUUGCAGGGAAUACCAGCGGGGCAGCUGCUCGCGGGGUGAGGCGGAGUGUAAAUUCGCGCACCCCGACGAGCAUAUCACUCUAGACACCACCGACAACACAGUAACUGUCUGCAUGGACCACGUCAAAGGGCGCUGCUCGCGUGAAAAAUGCAAAUAUUUCCAUCCACCGCUACACCUUCAGGCCAAAAUCAAAGCCGCCCAACAACAAGGCAACAACAUGGCCGCCGUGACUCUAUCCGGGCUGGCUCCACCUCCUCCAAAGAAGUUAACUGCCGGUAGCUUAGGUCACCAAGGGACGGGGCACAUGAUGAAUAUCUUCUCGCCUUCACAGUUCCCUUACCACCACCCCCAGCUUGGACCAGCCAUGAUGACAUCACAUCAACCCACACCAGUAGUGCCAACGCCAUUCCCUGUCAUGCCUUCCAUGGCUCCGCCAGGCCCCGGACAAAGUAUCCCGCUCUUCGCUCCCAUAAUGCCAACGCAGGUACAUCCCACCAGACAUCCACAGUCUAAUGAGACCAUUCCAGUCUGUAGAGACUUCAAGUCAGGUAGCUGCAAAAGACCAAGUUGCAAGUAUGCUCACGUUACAGAAGAUUAUAUAGAAGUAGUGGACGGGAAGGUCACGAUGUGCCGUGAUGCGGUACGGGGGAAAUGCCUCCGCGCCACCUGCAAGUACUAUCACGCUCCUACUCAUCCUCCUGCUUCUACUACUACUACUGCUACUACGCACGUUACCAUGGCAACCUCUUCCUCUGCAUCUUCUGCUUGCUCCUCCUCCUCCUCAUCAGCAAACACCUACAUGGCUGGUAGCACGGCAGCCCCUCCUGGUCCCCACUACACGGCUUCCAGCACGCCCACGGGCACCAUCAACAGCACAGCCGCCGCCGCUACAACAAAUGCUAGUGCUCCUGCUGCUGCCGCUACCGCUGCCGCCAAUGUCUUGCCGCCACAACCACUUCAGCCGCAACCUCUCCCUUUCUCAGCGGCUUCGGCUGCGGCGGCUGCUGCAGCCGCCGCGGCCAACGCUGCAACCAACCCAUACCUCCACCACCACCACCAUCAUCACCAACAUCCCGCAUCCACAGUCAUGCCCAUAGCUUUAAGCAAUGGCUACCCGGCACAAGUCUUGCCUUAAAAAGAAAAAAAAAGACAAAAGAUCAAAAACGUAGAUGAAGUAGACUCAGGAGAAUGAGUAUAAAAGCUGUUAAGCAUGAUCAAAAUUAGACAAUCAAUUCCUUUUCUGUUCUUUUCUUUUGUUCUACACAAUCAUUCCAAAAUCUGGGAAACCAUUAUCCUUGUUCUUUUUUGUUAGAUUCUAAAUCCCCCUGUCUACAUUUGAAUUUUAAAAUUGUUAUUCUACUUCUCUUUUAAAUCCUGUUCAUCUCUUUUUCUCUAUAUUCCUGUUGAUAAUUUUAAUGCAGUUACAGAUGAAUUGGUGAAAAAAGUUUAUAUCCUAUCCUCAACAUUUUAGUUAUAUCUUCCUAUAUAAAAAAAUAUAUUAAAAUUUGUAAAGAGAAAUAACAUAUUACUAAAUAUUCUUAUUUAUGAACAUAACUUAAAUAUUCCCUUAUUGUGAUUACUCUUGAUAUAAUACUGCACUUAAUACACCCUCAUACACUUAUGAUAAUCAGAAGAAUUUCUGAGACGGAUAUUCAAAAGAUACAUCCCUGUUUCACUUCUAUUAUUAUUUGAUAGAACUAUCCUCUGUACACACCCCUCUCUUUCUGUCACCCUUUUCUUUGUAUAGUCCCAUGUGUUGUGUUCCAUGCUGUAUGUUUUCUUUUGCCUGGCAUUAUAUCACAUCUUAUUUACACACAAAUUUUGCUCGUAUAUCAUCAUCAUCAUAGCUGUUGAAUGUUUAGGAAGGCUUGUUAAACGGGGCAUGUAACAUCGAUGUGAUGGUAAAAGGCUGUAUGUGUUUGCACCUUCGAAGGUUAUAUAUAUAUAAAGUUAGAGCUUGCUUGUCCAUUUAUAUGUUUGCAUUCAUCAAAGUUUUGGAAACGAAAUCCAAACUGCACUCAUGCUCGAAUACCAUCCUUGAGAGCCUAUUUUGCAAUCUAAAUGUUGCAAGCAAUCAUUAUGAUUGCGUCUGUGUAAUCAAAAUGGCUUGCCGAAUACUUGCUUCCAUGAAAGCUGCAUCCAAGCUGAAAAUCAAAAAGCAUUGAUGUUUGAUUUCGCUUUAGUCCAAUGAAUGACUGGAAUCGUAAAUGUAGGUGACAGCUAGUGGUUAGGGAUGAAAUGUGCAUGUCAAUGAGCAAGCUUGCUCCUACUUUGAGCUUUGAUUGAAGAUAAAUUGCUUAGAAAUGAUAGAAGUAGGACUACUGGUAGAUGGGUAUUGAUAGAUGCGGUGUUGUGUGGGUUGUUAAACAACUAUUCUGUUUCCUUUGAAAAUUGAAAGAAUUCUCGCUGUUGAGUCAGAAACUGGUUUUUUAACUCUCUUUGUCCUAAAAGUCCCUUUUCAAUAGAAGAAGAAAAUACAGAGUUUUUUAAUUGAGAUAUUUGAUUACAACAAUAAUGUUAUUUGAUUUGCCAUUUUUUUUUCAAAUUGCCAAUCAGGAUUUGCAUCUCACAAUUUGAUAUUGAAUAUUAUCAACUCACCCCUUGUAUCAACAAUUAUCUCAUAAUCGCUGAAAUCGCUCUCCUAUUUCCAACAAUGAUAAUUGUAAAUAAAGUGAUAUUGUACAUAAAUGAUGUAUCAUUUUUUUAUCGUAUUGAAACUUUUUUGCGAUGGUAAUCUUGAAUUACAUAAACAUGUUUACAAUGGUACAACUCAUUACUAUUUUUUUUGUAAAUAUAUAUGAUAAUAGAUAUCAUGUUUGGCAUAUUCUCUGUCAUUUUAAAAGUGACAGUCUGCCUUGUUUAAUCAAUCAAUGUAUACUUAUUGCACAGAAGUACAGACAAUCCAUAUUUUUAUUGUUUUAUUUUCCUUACAUUACCGCUUGCACUUUACUUACAAAAAAGAUGCACAGAAAUUACAUCUUCUUUUUAUUCACAUUGUAAUUUGUACUUAAUACUCUAAAAUUUUAAAGAUCUUGCCAAACUAAACCAGUCAGAGAUUGUUUAAAAAUGUACCAUAUUUUUUUUAUUGCUGAAUAACCUGAAAUAAUGCACCCGCUGCACUGGAGCAAUUUGUUUGCCUUAAGGUAUCCUAGAUGAGACAAUUAGAUAAGAAAUAAGGUAAAUACAAGUCAUGAUCUUCCUAUGCUAAUGCAUUUGUGGUACAUAUAAUGCUUGAAUAUAAUAACUGGCUUAGAUAAUCAUUUUCAAUUCAGGUUAAAGUGAUGUGGGUGUGCAUGUUGGAUCAGUAGACCAAGGCCUUGAAUUUGGUAUUGAAUUAUAUAUAUAAAAAAAAAUGUUUGCUCAAAGCUUGCAGCUUAUGCUUGAAUGCAUACAAAGUAGUUCUAAGCUUUGUUUUAUGAAAUGACUUGCUUUGCUUAAAAAUCCCCCCCAAAAUCCAAAAGGCGUUCAAUGAAAUGAGCUUUUCAAACAAAAUAUCGCUUUCAUAACCCAACUUUGUUUUGUGCUUGAAGAUCAUUUUCCAAAAUGCAAUGGAGGCAUAUCCCCCUUGUCCCCCCAAAGCAGACAAAGUCUGGUCUCAUUUUUUUUUCCUUUCGAAUUUUCUUUUUACAGUUCCUCUAACAUUCCAGGAAGUCUUGAUUCAUAUGUGUUUUAUUAUUUCCUCCUCAGAAAACAUUAAUUUGCAAUGAAUAAUAUUCCCCCAUUUACCAACUCAUCUUAUCUGAUAUGGAAGAAGAUUGCCAGUGAUCUCUUUAAUAUGAUUUAAAACAAUUUUUAAUUCAAUUGUUUUUUUUUUGUUUUAAUGCAAACAUGAAUUUUAACAUUUGUCUGGUAUCGGACAAAGGUCAUUUUAAUAUUUCAUUCAUAAUGAUAAUAAUAAUAAAUUGCAGUUGUUGUACUCCUCAUUUUCUUUCUUAUACAUUUCACCCAUUUUAACAAUUUAUCCAAGAAAAGUCCUUGUCAGUCAGUGACUCUUUUUGUCAACCUAAGCUCAAUCCAAUAGAACUACUUAUUAUUGUUAAUAUUUUUAUGGAAGCAAAAUGUACAUACAUAAUGGUUAUGUAUGUCAUUUCAUGAUGCACUGUUCUACGCAAAGGUUUUUUUGUGAAAACCAAAAUUGCUCUAGUCAUGGUGCAGAGCAUAAUGUAUUCAUAGAUUAAUGUGCCUGUUGUUUAAAUUGGGCGCAAUUGCUGAUAUAUGGUAACACUUUGGAUAUAUGUAGCAUAUAGGACGGGAGGUCCGUAUGGCAAUAGAGAAGUUUAUUAGCAUAUAAUAUGUAGCUUUGAAAGUCUAGUACGCAAAUGCUUGUAUGUAUAUCAGAGUUAAAUCAUACCAAAGUACUCAGAAAUUUCAAAGUGAUGAUGAAAACAAAAAAAUGUUUGACAAAAAAAAUAGGAAAACCCACAAAAAAAGUAUAUAAAAAAAUGUUCAAACUGAAAUUAUCAGUGUCUGAAAUGUUAGCUGUUAAAUGGAUAUUUUAUCCUACGAAUAGAUUUGUGAUUCUAUAUUUUAAGUACUGUUUAUAAGAAAACAUGGUUGACUUUUUAUAUUCUUUUAGUGAACAACUAAUCUUGAGUGAUUUUUUUUAGAUGAUUUUGUUGUCAUUGAAAUUGUAUUUCCACUGAUUCAUUUCUUUUUCUCCAAAAAUAUUGUACAUUUUGUGAGAUGGUAUUUUUUAGUUUCCUUUUCUUUUGGUCAUUUCCUCUUCUUAUUGGAAAAUUUUGAUUUUUGUGUGUAAGUUUUUUAUUUUUGACAUUUCCCCUUAGUGUGUAUAGAAAAUAUUGUGAUUUUUUUUCCUAUAUGAAAUUCAAUAUAGCUCAUACCUUUUCAAAAGUUUUGUUGAAUUCUGACAAGUCGAUGUACAUUUAAUAGGAAUUUUACAUGUAGGUGAUUGGCCAAUAGGAUGACAUGUUAUAUAGUGUCUUGGGGUUGGAAGAGAUGAUAAUAUAUGAGCCAUAUUAUGCACUAGCACUAUGUAGAGAAAAUGGGAAGAGAAUGAAGGAAGUGGGACGAAGAAUUGAUGCAAAAAAAAGAGAAGAAAUUAAUGCAUUUAAAGUGUUCAAUAUUUGUGGAGAUAUUUUCAUACAUUGCUGUUGGGGAAGAUGACACAAAUUUGAAGCUUUUCCUCAAACCAUGGUGUAAUUGAAAAGUAAAGGAAAAGAAGAUGAAAAGAGAAAGCAAACUAUACCCAUAAUACAUUGCUCUAUGCCACAUAUUUAUGUAUACAAUGAAAUGAAAUUGAAGCGUGAUUUGAUGUUAUCGUCUUCACCCCAAGAUGGCUAUUGAACAUGAGUAUUAGCAGAGAUGGUGCACUUUGGACCCCAUUUAUCACCUUGUUUACAGGAAUUGACUUUUGACAUGAGGUCAGAGGUUAAAAAGGGUCAAACCUUUGUGAAAAGCACUUGGUCUUUAUUUUUUUCCAUUCUGUAGUGAGAACACACUAUUAUUAUCCUGUUUAUGUAGUCUAUUAAAUGGUAAAUCUAUUGUAUGAUAAUAAGAAACAUUGUUAUUUGUAUCAUGAUGGUAGUUAUCCUUAUUGUAAGUUGUAUCUUUUAAAGAAGUUUUAUGAAUACUAGAUAUGAUGUCUUUAAUGUGUGAUGUUUACAUUGUAUAUGAAAUCUGAAAGUUUUUUGAUUCAUUAUGUACAAGUCUCAGAGAGACUAAAAAAAAUCAAUUGUGAAUACAGGAAAAUACUAUUCCACAAAAAAGAACCAAAUUUUAGCGAUGUUUUAGGAAAGUAGGAGUUACAAAGAGUCUGAUCGAUUCUCUCCCUCAUUGCGUCUCAAACUCUGAUCAUCGCUGAGGGGGAAUGGGGGAGAGGAAUGGAUAUUUUCCAAUUUCAAGACCAACUUUCUUGUAGUACAUCAUUUUAUAUGAGAUGAAGAGGAAGGAGUAAACCUCAGUAUUGUAUGCUAGCGCAUGGGUCCAAGACCAGUCUUUAAAAAACAAAAAGAAAACUUAGGAUGC